CGGCCCGCUCGCUCCGGCCGUCUCGAUGGUCGCGCCGCCUGCGGACAUGCGGACCGCCCUGGUCACGGUGGGCACGACCAGCUUCGACGAGCUCGUGGCCGCCGCGACGGCCCCGGACGCGCUGCAGGUUUUACAGGAACUGGGCUACAACCACCUUGUCCUUCAGGUGGGGAGGGGCACGGUGUGUCCGGAUUCAGUCUGCACAGACACAUUUUCCCUGGAAGUGUUCCGGUUCAAGAAUUCCCUCUUGGAAGAUGUACAAUCAGCAGAUCUGGUCAUAAGUCAUGCAGGUGCCGGUAGCUGCUUGGAAGUCCUGGAAGCCAAGAAGCCACUCCUGGUUGUUGUGAAUGACAAGCUCAUGGACAAUCACCAGCUAGAAUUGGCAAGGCAGCUCCAUAGGGACGGGCAUCUCUUUUAUUGCACCAGCAGGACCCUUGUGCAAACUCUUAAGUCGAUGGAUUUAUCAGUUCUGAAGCCCUUUCCUCCUGGGCAGCCAAAAAGAUUCGCUUCGUUCUUGGAUGGAGUGUUUGGCUUUGAAGGAAGUGGACUAUAAAAGGAAACACACACAUCUAAAAUGAAUGCUGUUUGCUUAAUUUCACUGUGGGUGUGUGAAUGCGUGUAUUUGUAGCUACAAAUGAAUCUUAGGCAUGGCUCAAACCAGAAAGCCAAUUUAAAUAAAAAUGUGUUGGGUGCAGAAGGA